AUGUACCGGGCCCCGUUCCCCCCCCUUUGGGCCGGCGGGGGUGAUCCCGGCCCACGCCCUGUGGCCACUACCGGGGAGAAGAUCAUGGGACCCCACAGAACUACCAACCCACAGCCCAGGCCGCAAGCCACGUCUAAAAUGGCGGCAACACACUCACCAGCUUGCACCGAGGAAACUGCUAGCUGCUACGCAACUACCGCAAAUCCCAGGUGGGCCCUAAAUACAUGCAGAGGGCAACCAGGCCGACGGGAACACAAAUACUCACCGCAUCGCCACCAGCCCGACUAA